GCUAAAGAAGCUUCAGAGAUGUGCCAGAAAGAAAAGGAUAACUCUUUCUUUGCAAAGCAGCUUUCAAAAUCCAUUGGAGCAACCAGAGCUCAUCUUCAGGGACAACUUCAAAAUAAAGAGGCUGAGAGUGACAGAAUGUUAGCUCAGAUACUUAGGUUUGAGAGGACAAUAAUUGACCAGAAGUUGCAGAUUGAGCACCUUGAGUCACAGUUAUCGACUGUGAAGGAAAAGGUUAAAGAGGAUAAAACUGUUUUAAAGAAGGCAUCACAAACUCAAAAAAGAAGAGCAGAGAGAUUCGAAGCUGCCAUGGGAAACCUUAAUUCUCAAAUGAAAAACAAGGAAAUGAAGUUAUUGGAAGCACACAAAACCCUUGAUACCUGGAACAAACAGUACAGUGCAGUUGCUGAGGACAAAGCCCAAUUAGAAACUGAAAUCAUUUCACUUUCCAGGAGGGUGGAUGCCCUAAAGGAGCAGCUUAAGAAAACCACAGAAAGGGCCAAAUUUACUAGCCGUGAACUUAUGGACAAACUUCACACCAUCAGUUCAGAAAAUGCCAGUCUCCAAAUGGAAAAUGCACAAUUAAAGGCUUCAUUGGCAACUUUACGGGAAAGAGCAACUAUAACAGCAGCAGAACUGCAGCAGCUCCGAGCCAAAGCCAAGCAGCAAGAGGAAGUUGUCCUGCAAUACGAAACUCAGGUCCAGUUUUUACGGACAUCGGCUGAUGAAUUGAAGGCUGAUCUUGGAAAGGCUGCAGUAGGAAACAGACAGAUAAAAAAUACAGGAGAUGCAGAAAAACAGAAAGUGAACGAUGAAAUGGAACCUCGCCUGAAGGAGCUGAGAGCCUUUCCCGAGCUGCUGAAAGCGGCUGAACAAAGGCUGCAUGAGUGUGAGGAAAAGCUCCUGUGUCGCAAGAGAAGGUUCUUUGAUUUAUCCAAAACACUGACUGAGCUGCAGAUGAAGGCCAGUGACCAGCGUUACAGGGCGAAAUCCCCUUCGGAAAAGUUGGAGUCCUUGAGGGAAGAGAAGCGCACAUUACAGCAGGCUCUGGAUGUUCUUUCUUGGAAGCUGAGGGAGGUUGAUAUACAAAACCAAGAGCUGACCGAGAUGAUGGCAAAACAGGAAGAAGCAGUUUUACUCAGCAACUGCCAACUGGAGGAGAGAUCGAAGGAAUCCGCAGCAUUGAGUCAGCAGUUGGAAGCUGCACUACAUGAUGUCAGUAAAAAGGUUGGGGAGGUGAAGGACCAGGCCAUGGCUAGAGAACGGGCAUUUCAGAACAGGAUACUUGGACUGGAAUCAGAGUUAAAUAGAGAGACAAAGGACCUGAAACAGCUUCAACAGAACAAGGACCGUGCUGAUAUAAACUAUAAGAUGCGACAGCAAGAGUUGAAGCUCAGCCUCGAACAAUCUGAGAAUCAGAAUCGGAGCAUCCAGAACUACAUCCAGUUUCUCAAAGCGUCCUACACAACAAUGUUUGGAGACAGUGUACCAACAGAACUUCACACUGAGCCAGUGUUUGACAAUGUUCCCACGACUCUGCCCUCAACAUGUUGAUCCAUUUGCCACGACCAAUUGCAAGACAAUCUUUCCAGGUUUGAUGUGUCAAAAAUGAAGUUCAUUGAAGAUCGUGGAAAUUGCUUAAUGACUGACGCAUAAUGUGAACAUUGUGCUGCUGUCAUCAAUGUUUAGAAUGAAUAUCUUGAAUAAUGCCUUUUUAAUCAUUUGAAACUGAUUCCAUUUAUUUAACUUAAGUCACUUUAUUGGAUACCCAUAAUGAGUUUUUGUUUCUUCAUAACAUGUUCAAACAUUAUUUUUAUUUGUUUUCCACAUGAAAACAAAUUAAGCGCCUGUGCUAUCCACUGAGAUACAGAGUUCUGUAAAUAACUCUUACCUCAUGCUUUUAAAUUUCAUUUGUUGAAAUAAACCUGUGCAUUAUUUAAAGGUUAAAAAUUAUUUUUG